UUUAAAGGUAUGGUAGCUCUUCUUACUCAAUACAAAAACAGUAUAACCGAUUCCACUAAGCAAAGUAAAUGCUACAUUAAGUGGUAAGGCUUUAAUUAGACAUUUUAAUAAAUGUACAAUCUUGGUAUCAAAAGGAUUCAUUAUUUAAUAUUGAUUUAAUUGUUUUUAAUAUGUGUCAGUGAUGCAGCAGAAAGUAAAGGGGGAGCUGAAAGGUGCAUAACCUUGGGUUUCCAUAGCAACAUGCCAAAAUACCAUAUUACCUGGCCACCUUUUCAAAGCAACUCUGCAACAAGUGAGACAGAUCACAUGACACAGGCAGCAACUAGAUAGAUCGGAGCAGCACAACCAUGCCAUCUGACUGGCUGUUACCUGGAGACCAGGUGUGACACUGUGGAAAGGAGGCGGAGCCGUUGGACCAGAGAGACAGGAAAGUAGAGGAAUUGGAAACGGAAUGAACAGGAGAGGAGGCGCUGAACAAAGAACUACGAGAGAAGACGAGGUGCUGAGGAGAUGGAGCAGCAGGUGGAACAUACUGUGAUCCGGUUCAACCACUGCCACAAGGACAUUUUCUGUUUCUCUGUGCCAGAACAGUGUCCAAGUUGUGCAGAGGAGCUGAGGGGGAGCAGGCUGCAGGAGGCACCGGUCAGCCUCCCCUCGCCUCUCACCAAUGCACACAAGACGUCCUGCUGCCUUGUGGUUGCACCUGCUUACAACAACCAGGACACAGACUUUGAUGGCACAUCAGAUCUGCACACUGGCAUCUCCAGUACCAAAGGAGUGGUUUUCAACUACACUCGGGGGGGGGUCCGCAAAGACCACACUGGUUGGGAGCGCUGUGUUAGUGUUCCUCUGGUUCGACCCGACAUGUUUCCCCUUUUGGCUCAGUGGGACCAGUACCUGGAGCGCUUUGCUGAAGGGCCCAUGUGGGACCCUGCCUGGCACAGGUUCGAUCAGGACCAUCAUAACUGCUUCAGUUUCUGUCUGUGCUUCAUCAACGGGGUCCUGGCAGUGGAGGGCCGCAGCCCACUGACCAGAGAGACGUUCACUCAGACCUUUAUUUUGCCAAAAAUGAGGAGAGUGUCAAAAUAUACAACGCUGUACCAGAACAUCCAGAAACACCAGUACUACAUGGUAAACCGCCAGGAUGGUUCCCAGGAGGACACAAUGGGCCAACCUGAAGCAUUUUGA